AUGCGCAUCGAUUGUGUGGAGCGGCGCUUUGCCGCCGUAUUUGCCGAUUAUGCCAGUAUCGUUGUAAAAUGCCCAUGGCCCUUUGUCAUCAUCCCGGUCAUUAUUACAAUAUCAUUGAGUACGGGCCUUUUGCGGCACAAGCAGGCGUUCAUGAAAGAUGAGCUCGAGCUGUACACGCCUACAGAUGCCAAAGCCAGGGAUGAAUUGGCACAAUUAGAUCAACUUUUUCACAUCAACGACUCCGAUCCGUUUUACGCGACUCGAAGAUAUGACAUCAAACGAGCUGGUUACAUCAUUGUCACGCAUCGAGAAGAAGAACGAGACAUUCUAAACCCACUUGCUAUGCAUGCGGCCAUGCAAUUAUGGUCGAUCGUACAAGCGAUGACAGUGGAGGAUGACCCGACUGGCGGCCCCUUGAGGAGGAUUAACUACCCGUCAAUAUGCGUUAAAUUUCCGAUGCCUCCAGAAUUUGGUCGAGCCAUCCAUGCGUUGUUUUCGCCAAACGUCACGACACCCGACGAAAUCUGCGUAUCCAACCCACUGGUAGAAGUCUUCAAAUUGAUCCUUGUAUCCGAUCGAUCGUUCCUAAACCGUUCAAUCGAUGAGAUCACCCUCGGGCAAAUUGGGGAUGCCGUUCAGCUCGAUGCCGCUGGCAUGACCCAUCUACUUGGAGGCGUCACUUUGGAUAGCCAACGGCGGAUAGCAGGCGCGAAAGCCAUGAUGCUACCAUAUGCUCUUCGACAUUCCUCACUAGCCGAAGAUCGAGUUGCCGAGCAAUGGGAGUUGCAGCUAGCCGAAUUUCUAGCGAACUACGAUUCUCCAAUUAUACGAACAGCUUGGUGGACGUAUGAGACAUUGGCCAGUGAGAGUGCAAGGGAUCGACAUCAAUUGAUCAACAUGCUUCUGCCCUGCUUUUUAGCUGUUUCCCUCUACACCAUCCUUACCUGUUGUGUGUUUUCAUGGAGGAGAAGUCGUCCCUGGUUGGCUAUUGGAGGUGUCUUCUCCGCGGCCAUGGCCAUUGCUUCCGGGGUUGGGCUGAUGCUUCUCCUUGGUUUUGGAAUGACCAGUGUUGCUUACAGUAUGCCGUUCAUUGUAUUCUCUGUCGGCGUCGACAACGUAUUCAUACUACUCUCAGCCUGGAGAGCCACGGCUACGCAUGAUACCUUAGAACACCGAUUACGAGAAACCUUUGCUGAAGCCGCGGUCUCCAUCACUGUGACCUCAUUGACCGAUCUGAUCUCAUUUGCUGUUGGGUGUGCUACCGAAUUCCCUAGUGUUAAGAUGUUUUGCAUGUAUGCGGUCGCUGCCGUUGUCUUCACCUACGUCUAUCAACUGACGUUCUUUGCGGGAAUCAUGGUAUUUACCUGCCGGCGCGAGAUCUCCAAUCGAAACUGUGUUACCUUCUUGAAAGGAAAAGAAAAUGAUGAAGUGAAGUUAAGCCGAAAGCUUCAACAGAUGGGCGGAAAUCCACACUGGCAUCCACCGCCAGCCUCUGAUCGAUCUUUUGAGAAGAACCAUGUGAUGGCGAGGUUUUUCAAGACACAUUAUUCCGAUUUCCUCUUAAACCCAGUUGUUCGGAUCGUCAUCCUCUGCUCUUUCUUCGCCUAUCUGGGUAUUGCCACUUAUGGAUGCACUAAUGUCAAGCUUGGGCUUGAACCUAACGAUCUACUACCUGACAACUCUUAUGGAAAACGAACCCUACAAGUUGCUGAAAAAUACUUUUCGGACUACGGUAGUAGUCUCCAUGUCUGGAUGUACAAUCUCUCGCGGGCCGAUACUGGAGGCAAGAAGAUUUGGGUGCUGCUUGAUGAGGAAAUUGGAUACUACGAACAUACAGAAUUUACCGGGUCUAGCGAUUCCUGGCUUCGAACUUUCUUCGCCUUUGUGAAGCAGGCCGGAUUGUUAAUUACUGGAGAAAACUUUGUGUAUAUUCUGAAGAACGUUUUCCUGUCCCAACCACAAUUCGCAAAGUACAAUCGAGAUGUUGUCUUUGAUUUGAGUGGCACAGCAUUGGAUGCUUCAAGAGUUCCAGUACAUUUGAGACAGGUCGGAGCUGCAAAUCAAUCGCGAGCGAUGGAUCUAUUCCGAAAACUAGCAGCCGGCUCUCAGCUCCAGACAGGCGUUUAUGCCGACUUUUUCCAGUUCGCUGAACAAUACAAUGCGGUACUACCCGGAACUUUGUCUUCGAUCGGAUACGCCGGCGUAGCUGUUAUUGUUGUUUCGUUGUUGCUAAUUCCUGAGCCGAUUGCCAGUCUUUGGGUGUGCUUCUCCAUCGUAUCCAUCAACAUCGGCAUCUUGGGCUUUAUGACCUUCUGGUCUGUCAGACUCGACUUCAUCUCGAUGGUCACUAUUGUUAUGAGCAUCGGCUUUUGCGUCGAUUUUGCCGCCCAUUUGGCCUAUAAUUUCGCAAAAGGAGAAGGCAUAAGCGCAGAUGAUCGAAUGCGCAACGCUCUGUAUGCUGUUGGGUGGCCGAUUUUACAGUCAGCCACGUCGACAAUCCUUGGCGUCUCUUUCAUGGCGACCGCUGAAUCUUAUGUAUUCCGUUCCUUCCUCAAGACAAUAAUUCUGGUGAUAACACUUGGGGCUCUUCACGGACUUGUCAUACUUCCGGUACUACUCACUCUAUUUUCUUGUGGCCCCUCGGCCGAGGAGAAAUCGGAGGGGGCUGCUAGUGAAUAUGAUAAGCCACCAUCGUAUCGGGAACGCCGUGAUUCUCAUCAAAUAGCUGAAGCCCGACUGAAUGCCCAAUAUUCGAGCCAAGCGAAAGAUAUUCAAGUGAAAUAUCUCAGUAACCCCGAUCUGUUCCAUCAGUCAAUGGCCGAUAUCUAUUCGGCUCCGUCGGAAUAUGCUGAAACUGACAUUGUAGUGCCCGAAAUGAGGCAACUGGGCUCAGAUCCGAAACCUAUAGGCAAGAAAGAUAGUUUUACAACA